CAUCGCCCAUGAUGCUUUGCGCCGACGGCGCCCAGUCAUGUGGAUGGAAAGCAAUUCACGCAUCCGCUUCUCUGCACGAAAAACAAAGUUCCAGGAAAGAUGCACGAAGAGGACGAUGGCGAGUCGAGCCCAGGCCCAACUUCCCAGCUCGAAGCCUCGAAGCCAAGUGACGCGGUCGACGCGGAGUCGGCUAAGGAGCAGACCGCCAAGCUGUGCGGCUUUUUGAGCAAACUGUCGGGCAAGGGGCCCCUGAGGGGGUACAAGCCGCGGUGGUUCGUGUACGAUCCCAGGAAAUGUUAUCUGUAUUACUUCAAGAGUCCGCAGGACGCCUUGCCGCUGGGACACAUCCAGAUAGGCGAUGCUUGCUUCAGCUACGACGUGGAGGGUGAGGAGGGCCACUUUGGGAUCAGCACGGCGGGGAAAGAGUUUCUGCUCAAGGCCCCCAGCAAGCCGAUGAUGCACUUCUGGCUGCAGCAACUCCAGCAGAAGCGCUGGGAGUUCAGCAACUCAAGAGGCUGUGGACAGAGAGACAGUUUGAGCUCUCCUAUCCUGGCCCACCCUCUAUGUGGUCUUGUAGGCAAAGACAAUGAUGCGUUUAUCUUUGAGAAUCUCAGCAACAGCAUGGAAAAGGUCCGCAGUGACUUGACCACGGAGACCAAGACGGAAGGUGGCGGAACGGCUGGGAUCCAAUCAACCAGAGGGACUGCUGCUUCUACAAAUACCCGCAAUCUGACCCUCAAAAACUUUGGUACAGAGAUCAGGAACUCUAUGUCCAUGCUUCGACCGGGUAGGGUAGGCGACAGCAAACGCAGUGUGUUUUACACCGGCAACAGCAGUGCAGAGGAGUGGGAGAUGGUGGACGCUCAACCCAUAAAUUUCCCAGAACCGAAACCUCAUGCAGAAACUCACAGGCAUUCCUUUGGAUCAGCGUUUGAUUUUGUACGCAACUCGUCAAGGCCCAGAAGGCCUCUGCUGCGAGACAUGAUGGGCUCUGGAAAGUUUGGCCGCAAUGCGGAGACUCGCAGCGCAGAGAGCUCUCCUGUGGAGUUUAAUGGCAAAUCUUUGGAGUUGCAGCUUCGCCUCCAAAGCCAGCAAGAAGAGCUGUGUCGCGUGCAGCAGGAACAGACAAAACUCAAGGAGGAGCUGGCCAGUCAGAAGGAGCUGGUGAGACUUUUGCAGCAAACAUUAAGAACAUCCCAGGGUGAUCGUCAGCCAGAACGUCGUACAGUCCCUCCACCAGAUCCAUCAUCAACAGAGUCCGAUCAGGUUAACUGUCCAAUAGUAACCCAGGAGGAGGUUGCCCGUCUGGAGGCCCUGGUUCAGGAACGAAAUGAACAGAUCCAGUCCUUGUGUGGCCACAUGGAGCGCCUUGCCCUGGAGAAAGAAAGCCUUCAACAAGAGUUGAAGGGCCUGAAAAUAAAAGUGGGGGAGAUCAACGAGCAGCUGGGCAUGCUGAUGGAAACCAUCCAGGCCAAAGAUGAAGCCAUCAUGAAGCUGUCCAACUCAGAGCAGAGCGGGAAUACAAAUGAUGGUGCACCACCUCUCGGCAAAGAAAAUCAAGAGUUGGACACCCUUAAGGACAGUCUUCAAGGCUAUAAAACCCAAAACACAUUUCUAAACAAAGAGAUCCUGGAGCUGACAGUAUUGCGCAGAAAUGCAGAAAGUAGAGAAAAGUCUCUAGAAGCAAAGUACACCGUUCUGGAGGCCAAGUUGUGUCAGGUGGAGAGUAAGUAUUUGGUGCUGCUGCAGGAGGUGACCAACCCAGUGUGCUCGUCUGCAGAACAGAGUCCAGCCCGGGAGGUCAUCUCCAGAUUGUUAGAGGAUGCUCUACAGGCAGAACACACUGUAUUUAAACCAAACACUGUCAGUGAGUAUGACGUGUAUGGCUUCAAAACGUUGCCUGAAGAGGAGGAGGAAGAGGAGAUGUUGGUGGCCAAGGUGAGAGCCUUGGAGCUCAAAUCCCUGUCCAUGACGGAUCAAGAGGUGUCUAUCGGAGUCAAGUGGGAGAACUAUCUGGCCAGCACAAUGAACCGCAACUUGGUGCGCUCCCCUGAGCUCAAGGCUCUGAUCCGCUGCGGCAUUCCCCACGAACAUCGCUCUCGGAUGUGGCGCUGGUGUGUCUCCGUCCACGUCAAAAAGUUCCGGGAUCCCUUGGCGGCUGACUAUUACGAGACUUUGCUAAAUGUGGCCCGGGAGAAGCCCAACCCGGCAACCAAGCAGAUUGAGCUGGACUUGCUGCGGACUUUACCCAACAACAAACACUACUCCUCGCCCAGUGCCACCGGCAUCCAGAAACUUAGGAAUGUUCUAGUGGCUUUUUCCUGGAGGAACCCUGACAUUGGAUACUGCCAGGGACUCAACAGACUGGCAGCUAUUGCCUUGCUCUAUCUGGACCAAGAAGACGCCUUUUGGAGCCUCAUAGCCAUUGUGGAAGUUUUCAUGCCAAGAGAUUAUUACACCAAGACUCUGCUUGGCUCGCAGGUGGACCAGCGGGUCUUCAAGGACUUGAUGAGCGAGAAACUGCCCCGACUCCACGCCCACUUUGAGCAGCACAAGGUGGACUUCUCCCUCAUCACCUUCAACUGGUUCCUGGUGGUGUUUGUGGACAGCGUGGUCAGCGACAUCCUCUUCAAGAUUUGGGACGCCUUCCUCUACGAAGGUCCUAAGAUCAUGUUCCGCUUUGCUCUUGCUCUCUUCAAACACAAAGAGGAGGAGUUCUUGAAAUUACAGGAUUCCACCGCCAUCUUCAAAUAUCUGCGAUACUUCACACGCACCAUCCUGGAUUCCAGGAAGCUGAUGAACAUCGCCUUCGUGGACAUGAACCCCUUCCCAAUGAGACAAAUUCAGAACCGGCGCUCCUUCCACUUGGAGAAGGUCCGUCUCGAGCUGAGCGAGCUGGAGGCCAUCAGGCAGACCUUCCUGCGGGAGAGGGAGACGUCACAGGACGGCCGCUCUUUCGUCAGCGAUGACGAGGAGGAUAACUGAACCUUAUUUCUUUCAGUCAGCAAGACAACAAUGUGACGACAUAUCACUAUCAGUAUUCCUGCCUUCUUUACAUUCUUUAUGCAAUACUUAUCUGAAUCCAAAUCAGUAUUCCUGCCUUCUUUACAUUCUUUAUGCAAUACUUAUCUGAAUCCAAAUCAGUAUUUCUGCAAUUGUGCUGUGAUUAUUUUUUUCAAGACGGUCUUAUAUUUCCACUUUGUUGUCCACUCUUAUCUCACUUUAAAAAAUGAUGUCACCAGUCAUUUACAUACCUCUUAGUUUUUUAAAUAUUCAUAUCUGACUAGAAAAAAAUAUCAAGUCCAUUAAAUUUGUGUCAAAAAUGCUCCUGAACAAAAUCUUAAAAGGAAAGGAAAAUAUUUACAUGAGACUAAAAUAGACUGUAAGUAGUAAAACUGCAUUUCAACAUAAACAGGCUGUUUAUUAGCUGAUCAAAAGUUUAAAACUAUUGCACUUAUUCACGUUAUAUAUUUUUUUUAAUGUAUUUUUGGUGCUUUGCCUAUGCAGCAGUUACAGCCCACAGGCAUAAAUUGAGGUCUUUUUGUUUUGCUUUUUUGUUCAGGCGUUAAAAAAAUGUUUUUCUUAGAAUGCACUUGUAUUUCUCACAUGUUUUUGUUUAAAAAAAACUAGUCUUAAUGUCAGACACACUUCCACUUAUGGUAC